UGGUACCAUAAUGUGUCAAUGGCUAAUUCAACACUCUUCACAUCUGUUAUCAUGUUUAUCAAUAUGUUUAUUUUGGCGAAACAAGAUUUACAUUUCAUAAAAACAAAAUGGAUGACUCAUUUAGGUUGUUUCGGAGUAAUCGAAUUGACAGAUUUCAAAAAGGUCCAACUGACAAGACUAACCAACAACCAACCUAAAACAUGUUCAAGACAUUGUAUGAAAUGGAAUUUCUUCGCUAUGCUGGAACACAAAUGUUUCUGUUUCGAUGAAGGAAUGUUUAAGAACUUGAGGGAAAACAUGUUGAACAGAUGUCAUAGAAAGUGUCCGGACUACGCAGAUAGCAUGUACUGUGGAUCUAUUGAUAUGCAAUAUGCCAAUGUAUACAAGCGAGAACAAGGUUUGCCUGCCAAUGUCAAAGACCAGAACUUCGACUGUCUGACUGUCAUUAGAGAUGAAAAGCAUAUUAUAAGCAUUAAACAAAUGGCAUGUGAACAGCCUGUUUCGUUUAUAUGCAGUGGACAUAAUAUUAAACCUAUUGAAGACAAAUUGACGUUCACAAUGGCAAAGCAUUAUUGUGAAAACUUGCAAAGUAAAUUAAUGAACCUCUCCGACAGUUUACCUCCGAAGUCAGGAGACAACGUCUCUUAUUGGGUCGGCACAUUCAGACAACGUAUCUACCGUCACGAAAGUACAACUCCUGGUAUAUUUGGAAUAACAAUCGAAGACGAUAUUCAGACAGAGGUUACUCAUAAUACAUUCCAUAUACACAAAAGAAAAACAGCGCCGGGCAUUUUAAGAAUUACAAAUGAAGAUGAUAUUCAGACAGAGGUUAAUCAAAUAACAUGCAACGUAAAACAAGGUCUUUCUGAACGAGAAAUUUAUGUGUAUACAGUUGGAAUCGGUGGAUUACUUAUAUUGAAUAUAUCUGCUGUCUCUAUAUUCCUAUGCUGUCGCAAAUGUAAAGCAAAAAAGCUUCAAAAUAACAAGAUAGCAGAACAAAAUGACAGUCAAAACAACGAAGAAGAAAUAAUCAGGAUAGGUAGCUCAUAUGAAAGUAUCAAUGAUAGCGUCAUCUGUGACGACAUCAUUCAAAUGCCAAAUUCACGAAAAAGAGAAGAAAAUAAUAGAAGUCUCACAUCUGGUUCCGGAGUGUCGUCUUCAAGAACUCAAAAUUCGGGGUAUCUUCAUCCAUACACAACAUUUAUUGACAGAAAGGAGACACAUUCGUAUUGUACAAAAAUUGACUCUCAUAAGAGCAGUGGUACGUAUUCUGUAUCGAAACAUUCAAAAGGAGCUUCAGGAUAUGCCCAUCCUUUCCAACAACUGCAACAUAAACAUACAGAAGUGACAACAAUACCGAAAUCUUAUUACAAAGAACCUCAUGCUGUUAAUAAUUUAGAACUAGUGAAUGUUCCUAACAAUACGUGAAGUGUGCUUCAAAAAGCUUCGUUUAAUUAUAAAACCAAUACUAGCAGUACAAGCAACUGUCGCCAAUAAACGUAGUGUAAUAUAUUUGUUUUUAAAUUAUCAAUUAAAUUACAUGUGUUUCAGAAGUCUUUCGUCCCAAUAAUAAACUAGUCAGUACCAUACGUGCAUGUUUAUCUCUAUAAAAGUAUCAAGUGUCAUUUGUUGGAGCAUAAAAAGACAAAUUUCAGCGGCAAUAUUCUGACCAGUUUCCUUGAUUUUACUGGAGAAUAUUUUCGGAUAUUUACCGAUAAAUUCUUACAUGUAUUCAGAUAGUUUAUCUUUUUAUGAUUAUUAUAUUUUCAAAUUUGAACAUACACCUUUAAUUACAAGGAGGCAGUUGAAAUAAUGGGAACUGCCAAAUUACUAAAAGGCCAGUAAAAUACAAAAAUACGAAGAUGUUGUGUAGCUGCCAAUUAAACUAAUAUGAUUACGAGACCAUGCGGCAUUAGAAAUUUCUAAACAAUCAAAACGAGAAAAAUCACAGUCUGAUUUCUGCUUAAACAAA